AUUAAAACCUGGGAAUGUGGCUCAGAGGUUAAGCACCCUUGAAUUCAAUCUAUCUCUGUUACCCCCCCAAAAAAAAGACAGUGAGAAAAGAAGGUAAAAAAAAAAGGCGAAACCCAGAGUGAACAAUGAAUGAAGAAGCUUCUUGAAAACAGCAAUAUUUUGUUAUCCGUAGUCUUGUACUUCAAGUGUAGUUGUACUUUGAGUGUAGAUUUCUUAAUUCAGAUAUAAUUUUGACUUGGUUUCAUCAUCCUGACUACCUGCCCUUGGCAGCCUCCUAGUCUUAUUUUUUAAAUUUGUCCUAAUUAGUUAUACAUGACGGUAGAAUGCAUUUUGACACAUCGUAUACAAAUGGAGUAUAAUUUCUCAUUCUUCUGGUUGUUUUUAUGUUGGUUUCUAUUUCUUCUUUAUUGUCUUUGCUGUUACAAAUCACUUAAUUCAGGAGCUCCCAAAGUGGACUCAAUAUGGGUCUGAUAACUUUGGUCAUUCUUUGGAACUCCUCCCUCCUCUUAUUUCCAUGCCACACGCUCAUGCAUCUCAUAUUUGUUUGAUUUCCAUGUAUCUCCUUGAUCAAUGCCUUUUCUCUAAAAAGUGAAUCGAAAGCAAACAAUACAAACAACAAUUAGAAACACAAAACCUGAGAUAGACUGUCUUGGUUCAAAGAGAAUUGUUUCUUCUGAAAAAAAUACAUCGCCAGCAUUUCUGAGAAAUCUCUAAUAUUUCUUCUUUGUACUUUUUUUUUCUUCUCCUGCAAACCUUUCUUUUUUAAGGUAGUAGCUGUACUGAUGUAAAUACAGAAUCAUUUACUUCCAUUUUUUAGGAAAUAGGCUUAAAAAGUUGAAUGAAAUGCCAAUGUGAUAGCUAAUUACAGGGCUGAGAGAUCAGAAAUAAAAUCUUCUGCAAAGUCAAACUUUGGGUUUAUUUUCUGUGUUUUGAUCCACUCUUACAUUUGUUUUUUUCAUUUAUAAAAGCUGUGGACCUCUACCAGAGUGGGAGAGAAUGCAUCCCAGAGGAAACACACAGGCUGAGUUACAAAGUAACAUCCCAGACAUGGCCUCAGACAUGGUCAUGCCAGGCCCUAUAUGCCUCAUUAAGAGCAAGGAGGGGCAGCUAAUGGUCAAGCAGGAAGCCCUGGAGAUCCUGUCAGCCAUCACACAGCCUGUGGUGGUUGUGGCCAUCGUGGGCCUUUACCGCACAGGCAAAUCCUACCUGAUGAACAAGCUGGCUGGGAAGCAAAAGGGCUUCUCUGUAGGCUCCACAGUGCAGUCUCACACCAAGGGAAUCUGGAUGUGGUGUGUGCCUCAUCCUGAGAAGCCAGGACACACCCUAGUUCUGCUGGACACUGAAGGCCUGGGUGAUGUAGAGAAGGUUGAUGACAAGAAUGAUACCCAGAUCUUUGUUCUGGCAAUCCUUCUGAGCAGCACCCUUGUAUACAAUACCAUGAACAAAAUUGACCAGGGUGCUAUUGACCUACUGUACAAUGUGACAGAACUGACAGAUCUACUCAGAUCAAGAAAGUCACCUGACCUUGAUGUUGAAGAUGCCAGUGACAUUGUGAGCUUCUUUCCAGACUUGGUGUGGACUCUUAGAGACUUCUACCUAAGUCUGGAAACAGAUGGACAACUCAUGACAGCAGAUGAAUACCUGGAGAAUUCCCUGAAGAUAAAGCAAGGUAGUGAUCAAAGAACUCAAACUUUCAAUUUGCCCCGUCUGUGUAUUCAGAAGUUCUUUCCAACAAAGAAGUGCUUUGUCUUUGACUCACCCACUCACAAGAAGCUUUCCCAGCUAGAGACACUGCAGGAUGAUGAGCUGAGUCUUGAAUUUGUACAGCAAGUGGCAGAAUUCUCUUCCCACAUCUAUACGAAGUCCAAAAUCAAGACUCUUCCAGGAGGCAUCAAGGUCACUGGACCUCGUCUAGAGAGCCUGGUGCUGACCUAUGUCAGUGCUAUCAACAGUGGGGCUCUGCCCUGCAUGGAGAACGCAGUCCUGGCCCUGACCCAGAGGGAAAACUCAGCUGCAGUACAAAAGGCCCUCGCCCACUAUGAUGAGCUGAUGGUCCAGAAGGUGCAGUUGCCCACAGAGACCCUCCAGGAGCUGCUGGAACUACACAAGGCCAGCGAGAGAGAGGCCAUAGAAAUCUUCACAAAGAACUCUUUCAAAGAUGAAGACCAAAGUUUCCAGAAGGAACUACAGACCCUACUAGAUGCAAAGCGGAAGGAUAUUUGUAAGCAGAAUGAAGAAGCCUCUUCAGAUUGUUGCUCAGUUUUGCUUCAGGAUAUUUUUGGUCCUCUGGAAGAAGAAGUGAAGCAGGGGCUUUAUUCUAAGCCAGGAGGCCAUAAUCUCUACCUUCAGAAGACAGAGGAGCUGAAGAAAAAGUACCACCAGCAACCCAGGAAGGGAACACAGGCUGAGGAAGCUCUGCAAAAAUAUUUAAAGUCCAAAGAGUCUGUGAGUAACGCUAUUCUUCAGACAGACCAGGCUCUCACAGCCAAGGAAAAGGAGACAAAAGAGGCACGUGUAAAAGCAGAGGCUGCCAAGGCUGAAGCAGAAAGGCUGGAGGCGGCUCGUAGGCAGAACCAGCAAAUGAUGGAGCAAAGAGAGAAACGUCAUCAGCAGCAAAUAAGACAAAUGGAGAUAGAAAGAGCAAACUACCUGGCACAACAACAGAGGGAGCAGGAACGUCGGCUGCAGGAAGAGGCCGAAAGGCUCAGGUUGGCCCAUCAAGCUGAAUUGUCAAGGUUUCACGAUCAGAUCCAGCAUUUACAGAGGACAAUGUCUGAGCCACAAGUUUCUCAAUGUAUCAUACUCUAAAGUGCUGAACAACAGAGACUCCUGUUAUUUAUUUUUUUUUUUCAUGAAGACACAAAGGAACUAGAAUCUAGAGAAUUUGGAACAAUCAACAUUUAAAUAAUCCAAAAACUUCUACCUAAUCUUCCAGUUUGUCUCUAGUUAUUGCAAGUUACCUCAGUGUCUAGGUAUUGCAAGUUGCCACAUGGGCUCAGUUCGAUGGAACAUUACCCAGGUCCUGAGCUCAGUUUAGCAUCACUCCUACUGCUUGUCAUGUGCUGGAUGCUAUCUGAGGGAGGCACCAAUUGUAAAGUGGGAACAAUCUACAUUUCUCAAUUGGGUGGAGACUGCUAUUCUAAGGACCAUUGUGCAAAUCAUCAGCACUGUGUCAACCUUCUGCAAAAAGAAAUCCCAAGCUGAAAGAAAACAGUGUUAUGAAAUGAAGAUCUGUAGUGGAUGAAAGGAAAUACUACUGUGGAAACUGUGUCAUAGGCUUAAGGACUGAAGAAGAGGCCUUUUCCUUUUUACUCACCCACACUAAGUCACAACUUAGAGCAUGUUAUAACAGGUUGCAACUUAUAUUUGACUUUAAUUUUUUUGUGUUACAUAUUUAUAGUACUUUAGAGUUUUUAAAUAAGAGGCAUAAAUAAUAAUGUGUAAUGAGUCAAAAUUCCAAUGGUGCUCAUUUAAUUUUAUACUUGCUACAAUGCUAAAGUUAAAUCAUCAUAGUAUAUGACAGCCUGCUGAUAUUUUUAAAAAGUAUUGAUUAUAUGAAUACAUGUUAGUGCAAAGUUUUAACUAUAAAAUAUUUUUAAGCUUUGUUUCUAUGUCUCUCAAUAGUUAAAAUUCUAUGGGAAAUGCUUCUGAAUUUCCCUCAGAAGAUUAGGAAUUACUUUAAAACUAGAAUUAAAACUCACUUUGCUAUACAUUUUCAUUUGUUCUCUGUUUGUUGUGUUUAACUCUAGUAAAAAUCUGUUUUAAAAAAAUUAUAGGAACAUUCCACAAAGCUCUUUUUUUUGUCCCUCACUUAUAACUGUUUGCUUCUGUAAGGGAUUUUCCGUUGGGUGAUAUUAUAGGAUCUUCAGUUUUUUUUAAGUUCUUCAAAAUAUGAUUUACUCAUAUAGAGAAGAAAAACACAUUAAUGCUAAUGUCUGUACUUUUCUUAUGCUUUGGAGUGUUUUAUAUCGCAGAACUUCUCAUAUUACAGUAGCAAUAUUAAACGUACAAUUUCUCUGUUACUUAGCAUUAUAAGUAGUUAGUAACAGCAGCUAAUAUUUUUUCAAGAUUCACCAUUUGCCAACUACAGUCACUGUAGUAACUCAUGCAUUGCUCACAAAAUCCUUUGAAUAUGCAGUAUUGCUUUAUUACACUUAUAAUUACUUAAAACUAUUUUUAUGUUCAUUAGUGUUAUUAAUAUUAAAGUUAUUACUUUUAAGGCAUUGAAGAUAAUCAAGUCAUCUAAAAGCAGUGCCAUGCUUUGGAACCUACAUUAAUAAUCAUCUUGAUACUGUCUCUCUUGUCUUUUUAGUAAGACAGAAAUAUUAAGUAAUAUGUUAAAAUUUAGAGGAAAUUACUGAAAGAAUGAAAACCAAAAGCACAGUGUCAAAAUAAUAUGAAAGUAGUCAAUAUUAAAAAGCAGAGAAAUUGUCAAAAAUAAAAGUUAAAAGUGUGGAAAUGACUCUUGAAUAUACAGAUGACUGAUGGAGCAUAAUAGAAAGUCCUCCCCUCAAAAAAAAUCUCUAUAGAAAGAAUGGAGGUUAAAGAUAGACUUUUAAAUAGGAAGAGACAACUGCCUGGUCACUUAGAAAAAGAUAAGUCAGAACCAGUCCUUAUAAUUUACACUAACAACACCACCAACAACAAAAUGUUUAAAGUGUAAAGAUAUAAAACACAUUUAAAAAUUCAAGGUUGUAUUUCUUAUGAUCCUAUAGGAGAUGGCCUUUCUGUGACUCAAACCUAUUUCCAAAUGUCUCUUGAUCUCAUACUCGUUCAGUUAAAACACAAUCUCUUGAUCCUUUUCAAAGCAAAAUUUUGAUAAAUUGUGUCCCCUUCUCUGUUUAUAAAAUUAUAAAAUAAGACACAUUCAGAGGAUUGCAUCAAAUAUGAAGCAUACAAAUAAUAUAAAUAAAAAACCAUGCCCUAGAAACAUAAAUUCAGCAUUGCUAAAACCAAAGGAGUGUAUUACAACCUAUGACAAACCUGUUAGAGACAACUAGUAUCACAACAUUUGAAUUCCUCCUGGAUUUUAUCAUAUACAAGUUAUGUCUGAAAUAAUGUAAUUUAGUUUGACCUGCUUUCUGUAUAAAUCAGAUUUUAUUGUGUGUCAUCUUUUGUACUUUGUUUCAUUUCUUAAAGAUAUUAUGAAGAUUCUUCUAGUCAUUGUGUAGUUGAAAAAUGUAUAUAUUGUAUAAAGUAAAAUCAAGUUGUUUUUCAUACUGUUGAUAAAUAUGUAAAUUAUCAUGUUUAUCUUUUAUGAAAUAUUGUUAAGGAUAU